AUGUCGGACGGUGCGCUGAAGCCGGAGAAAGACUUCUCCAAGGAGACGGCCAAGGUCAUUGGCGAGGCUGAGGAGCUUGCCAAGACCGACAUCAACGCUGCUAUUGAGAAGCUCACGCUGCUCGAGAAGCAAACCCGCCAGGCAUCGGACCUCGCAUCGACAUCCAAGAUCCUCAUCGCCAUCGUCACAAUAUGCAAGGAGGCUGGAAACUGGAGCCUACUUAACGACCAGGUGCUCGUGCUGUCCAAGAAGCAUGGCCAGCUCAAGCAGGCGAUUACGCGCAUGGUGCAGACGGUUAUGACCUUUUUGGACGCCACGCCCAACUUGGAGACGAAGCUGUCCGUCAUUGAGGCCGUGCGGACAGUGACAGAGGGCAAGAUCUUUGUCGAGGUCGAGCGCGCGCGUGUUACGAAGAUUCUGUCGGACAUCAAGAAGAAACAGGGCGACCUCAAGGCAGCAACGGACAUUCUGUGCGAGCUGCAGGUCGAGACGUUCGGUUCGAUGAGCCGCCGCGAGAAGACCGAAUUCAUCCUGGCACAGGUUGCGUUGUGCAUUGAGAGCGGCGACUGGACGCAGGCUGGCAUUCUGAGCCGCAAGAUCAGCGUCAAGUUCCUAGCACGCAAGCCGGCCAAGACGGCGGAGCAGCUGGAGAAGGAACGGAAAGAGAAGGAGAAGAAGGAGAAGGAGAACCCCGACGGAACGGAUGAGCCCGACGAGAAGGAAGACGACGUGACCGACCUCAAGCUGCGCUACUACGAGCAGCAGGUCAUUCUCGCCAAGCACGAGGACAAGUACCUGGACGUGUGCAAGCACUUCCGGCAGGUGUUGGAUACGGAGGCUGUUGAGAAUGACCCGGCCAAGCUGCACCCGGUGCUGCAGCGCAUCAUCUACUUUGUCAUCCUCGCGCCUUACGACAACGAGCAACACGACCUGCUGGAGCGCAUCGCACGUGACACGCGCAACAGCCAGGUGCCCAAGGACGCCGAGCUGCUCAAGUUGUUCACGGUGCAAGAGCUGAUGCGUUGGCCCGAGGUGGCCAAGUUUUUCGGCCCGCACCUGUGCGAGAGUGACGUCUUUGACGCUAGCAAGGAGGAGGAGGACGACGACGAGGACGACCGCAAGGCCCGCCAGCGCUGGAAGGACCUCCGCAAGCGCGUCAUCGAGCACAACGUGCGCGUGGUGUCCAAAUACUACACACGCAUCCGCAUGAGCCGGCUGACGCAGCUACUGGACCUGACCAACGACGAGACGGAGAAGUACAUUAGCGAGCUGGUGACAUCCAAGACCAUCUACGCCAAGAUCGACCGACCGGCACGCAUUGUCAACUUUGCCAAGCCGCGCGACGCCGACGACAUCCUCAACGACUGGAGCUAUGACAUGAAGAGUCUGUUGAAUCUGCUGGAGCGCAUCGACCACCUGAUUACCAAAGAAGAGAUGAUGGCGCGGAUCCAACCGACAGGCAACGCGUCAUCGGGUGGCAAGGGCAAGGGCACGACUGUGAAAUAG